GAGUAAGGGUCCGCCCACUGGAGCCGUCCGCAGGCACCCUGCGGAGCCGGUGGGGUGCCUGACAGCCGCGGUGAAUGAGAGGAGAGAGAGGUUACCUGGCUGGUGUCUUGUUUUGGUUAUCUUCUGACGGGGCAAAGAACUAUGUCAUGGAUCAAAGAAGGAGAGCUGUCACUUUGGGAGCGGUUCUGUGCCAACAUCAUAAAGGCAGGCCCAGUGCCCAAACAUAUUGCAUUCAUAAUGGAUGGAAACCGUCGCUAUGCCAAGAAGUGCCAAGUGGAGCAGCAGGAAGGGCACUCACAGGGCUUCAACAAGCUGGCUGAGACCCUGCGCUGGUGUUUGAACCUGGGCAUCCUAGAGGUGACAGUCUAUGCAUUCAGCAUUGAGAACUUCAAACGCUCCAAGAGUGAAGUAGACGGGCUGAUGGAUCUGGCCCGGGAGAAGUUCAGCCGCUUGAUGGAAGAAAAGGAGAAACUGCAGAAGCAUGGGGUGUGUAUCCGGGUUCUGGGCGAUCUGCAUUUGUUGCCCUUGGAUCUCCAGGAGCUGAUUGCACAAGCUGUAUGGACCACUAAGAACUACAACAAGUGUUUCCUAAAUGUCUGCUUUGCAUACACAUCCCGUCAUGAGAUCAGCAAUGCCGUGAGAGAGAUGGCCUGGGGAGUGGAGCAAGGCCUGCUGGAUCCCAGUGACAUCUCUGAGUCUCUGCUCGAUAAGUGCCUCUAUACCAACCAUUCUCCUCAUCCCGACGUCUUGAUACGGACUUCUGGGGAAGUGCGGCUGAGUGACUUCUUGCUCUGGCAGACCUCCCACUCCUGCUUGGUGUUCCAACCUAUACUGUGGCCAGAAUACACAUUUUGGAACCUCUGUGAAGCCAUCCUGCAGUAUCAGAUGAACCAUAGCAUGCUUCAGCAGAAGGCCCAAGACAUGUAUGCAGAGGAGCGGAAGAGGCAGCAGCUGGAGAGGGACCAGGCUGCAGUGACAGAGCAGCUGAUGCAAGAGGGGCUCCAGGCCAGUGGGGAUGCCCAUCUUCGACGGACACGCUUGCACAAACUCUCAGCCAGACGUGAAGAGCGAGUCCAAGGCUUCCUUCAGGCCUUGGAACUCAAACGGGCUGAAUGGCUGGCACAUCUGGGCACUGCAUCAGCCUGAGGCUGGCCACCUGCCACUUUGCCCUGCCCUCUGCCUCCAGGCCCCACUCCCUAUUCUUUUCUUGGUGAAAGGCACCUCUCUCCUGAUGAUGAAUUAUAUUCCCUUUGCUUGGCAGGGAAGCCUGAGGCCAGGUCUGCUGACCAUAGGUACUUUUGGGCUGCCUGGGACAGUGGCCCCUGGGGAGGAUUGAGGAUGAGAAUCUCCUGCAAGUACACUAAACCCAGCUCUGGCCACCAAUAGGUUUGGAGAGCAGAGGGCCCCAACUCAUUGGCUGCUUGUGCUCCUAGAUGUGCUUUUUUCCACCAGCGCAUCCUUCAACACACAAUUUGGGGAAUGAGGUCUCCCCCAAACCCUAGCUCUUUACCCAUCUAUCUUAGCUUUCUACCCGACUUUCACAAAAGAUUUGGCUCUACCUUGGAUCUGCUGGCAAAUAGCUAAUAGGCAUCCAGCAUUAUUUGGGAAAGGAAGAAAGGGGUGGGAGAGACAGAAAGAAAAUUUGCCCAUCUGCUGCUCCUCCCCCUUGGCUCUCCACCUGGGAUUUGCUAUUGAAUCUCUCCCCCUCCCACCACGCAGUACUGAUUGCUCACUGAAAGGCUCAGCGCCCCCAAUGGCGCACAGAAGCCAGGCGGGUGAUUACAAUCCAAUUACCUAUUGUCGACUCAGCCUACACAAGCUUUUCUCUUCCUCUUGCAGGGCAUGGGGCCAGGCUCCACUCCCUAGUAAGAUGCCCCUCUCCAUGGCUACAGGUUAACAGAAGGGCCUGUAGACCCUGGUGAAAAUAAUCUAGCACAGGCUUCCUUCCUUAUAACACAUCAGGAAGGAGCAGAACCAAGCACUUCUCCCAACUGGCUGUGCCUCCAGCUUCUUCAUCUCAAACUCCGAUUCCCACUUCUACAAGGUUUCUCUUAGCUUUUUGACCUGGCUCCCUAAGUAGGCCCCAAGACUAUUUAUUCUCAGCAUGGCAAAGCUUGUUCCAGGCAUUCUUUGCUUGUGAGGGCCAAGGCUGCCCAGCAGGAAGAAGAGGGCAGAGUCAAGACUGUGUCCUUUCUCCUACUUCCCCCUGCCAGGUCUCGCUGCAGAACUGCUGAGAGGAUUAGUACCUUUGAAGAGCUGUCUGAGCAACUCUGCUUCAGGCGCCCCAGAGCAGCAAGCACCAGUCAGUAAUACCAAUGAAAUGCUACUAUUUAGA